GUUUAUUCGCUGGUUCCACACUCCAUAGCUUAAAGUUAUCUCCUCCAAAGGAUUGUUUUGAGCAGGAAAAGGAAUCAAAACGUAGUAGUAGGCCAAGAAGAGGAAGCGAUCUUCCCUCUUCCAUCGGGAAAUCGCCAAUUUGCUAUCCACACUUACUAUGGACUCUGUGGAAGCAAAAAGGCCAGGUAUUAAUCCUGCCCCUGCUACCAGUCAUCCAGACCCAUUUAAUCGAAAGUCUGUGAGGAAACCGCAGAAAGCUCAACAGAAAAAGCAGCAAGGAUCGUCAAGGUUUCGGUCCAAACCAAGUUUUGAAAUCCAACCUCUUAGUCCUUUGAAAGACGCAUCGCCAGCCGAGCAACAGGAAUUGUUCAUCAAGAAACUACAACAGUGCUGUGUAGUCUUCGAUUUCAUGGAUCCAGUUAGUGAUCUUAAGGGGAAAGAAAUCAAGCGAGCAUGUUUAAACGAACUUGUGGACUAUAUUGCAUCGGGUCGUGGAGUCCUCACUGAGCCGGUAUAUCCAAAGAUAAUCGAAAUGGUUGAUGCAAACAUUUUUCGCACUUUACCACCAUCUGAUAACCCAGACUUUGAUCCUGAGGAAGAUGAUCCAACACUAGAGGCCUCUUGGCCUCAUUUGCAGAUAGUCUAUGAAUUCUUCCUUCGGUUUCUGGAGUCUGCUGAGUUUCAACCCACCAUUGCUAAGAAACACAUUGAUCAGAAGUUUGUUCUACAGCUUUUAGAACUCUUUGAUAGUGAAGAUCCUCGCGAAAGGGACUUCCUCAAGACUGUACUUCACAGGAUAUACGGGAAGUUCCUUGGACUCAGAGCAUACAUCAGAAGACACAUCAAUCAUAUAUUUUUAAAAUUUGUUUACGAGACUGAACAUUUCAAUGGGGUUGGAGAACUGCUUGAAAUCUUAGGAAGCAUCAUUAAUGGAUUUGCACUCCCUCUCAAGUCUGAACACAAGAUGUUCUUAAACCGUGUGUUGAUUCCUCUACACAAAGUCAAGUGUUUGGGCCUCUACCAUGCACAGUUAGCAUACUGUGUUGUUCAGUUUCUGGAAAAGGAUGCCACACUUACAGAAAAUGUUGUUUUAGGCUUACUAAAAUACUGGCCCAAAACAAGCAGUCAAAAAGUUGCCGAGCGAGCGCUUUACUUCUGGAAUAACGAAUAUAUUAUGAGCCUUAUUGAAGAAAACUCGAAUGUCAUCUUGCCUAUCAUGUUUUCGUCCCUCUAUAGGAUAUCCAAAGACCACUGGAAUCAGUAAGUGCUAGAACUAAUGCAACAUACUGACAUUGUCGUGCAUUCUCGUCUUUGUGCAGGCUGCGUCUGGGGAAUCGUAUCAAGUUCCGGGGUCGUUUUCUUCUAAUCCUCAGCCUUCAAGCGUCAUCUCUCUUGUUAAGAAGGAUUAGUAAAUACAAUUUAAUAUGUCUAGUAACAAACCUCUACCAUACCUCUUGACCUAAGACUUGAGAAACCAACGUGUACGACAAGUCAAUUUUGUAGCGCAGUCGUGGUGCAGGAGAAUGAGCUGUAGGUGAUAUGGAUAAAUAUAUCCCUAAUACCGAGCUGUUGAAUAGAUGAUAGCCAAAUCAAGGAAAGGUAUUCCCAGCUUUAAGCCUGACUCGUGAAAGGCGUGUAAAAAUCGAAAUCAACUCUUUGGGUUUUUAAUCCUGGAUUGUUGCUAUCGCUCUUAAAA